CGGUGCUGGCCCCGCCCCUUUGCCAGCCGUCGUCUGGAGCCGGGCGGGUAAACCAGCGGCAGAGCGGACGCCGAACCCGGUCUGCCACAAUGCUGCGGCACAGGGCUGUCAUCUCACAUCUCCGACAGGCCUGCAGCUUCCAGUCAGUCCCCUCAAGGCUCUGCAUUCGGGCCUGCUCUACAAAUGAUUCACUUCAACCCCAGUGCCCCCGCCUUGCCUUCUCUGGUGAUAACUCCAGCCCUAGGGGAUGGAGAGUCAUGGGGACUCUGCUAGGCCUUGGUACAGUAUUGGCCUAUCAUGACCACCGGUGCAGGGCUGCUGAGAAGUCACCACACAUAUACACGAGAGAGGAAGUGAGAUCUCACAGCAGCCCUGAGACUAGGAUCUGGGUGACUCUGGGCUGUGAGGUGUUUGAUGUUACAGAAUUUGUGGACCUACACCCAGGAGGGGCAUCAAAGCUGAUGCUAGCAGCAGGGGGUCCUCUAGAGCCCUUCUGGGCCCUCUAUGCCGUUCAUGACCAGCCCCAUGUGCGUGAGCUACUGGCUCAGUACAAGGUCGGGGAGCUGAGCCCUGAAGACAAGGCACCCUCCACUUUGCAGACCUCUGACCCUUAUGCUGAUGAUCCUAUACGUCACCCAGCCCUGAAGGUCAAUAGCCAGCGCCCCUUUAAUGCAGAGCCCCCCCCUGAACUGCUGACAGAAAACUAUAUCACACCUAACCCUAUCUUCUUCACCCGGAACCAUCUGCCUGUACCUAACCUGGACCCAGAAACCUAUCGCCUGCAUGUAGUAGGGCCACCUGGGUGUCAGUCACUGUUCCUAUCCCUGGAUGACUUGUACCAGUUCCCUAAGCACGAGAUCACAGUCACUCUUCAGUGCGCUGGCAACCGACGCUCUGAAAUGACUCGGUUCAAAGAAGUAAAAGGUCUGGCGUGGAAUACAGGGGCCAUUAGCACUGCAUGCUGGGCUGGGGCACGCCUCUGUGAUGUGUUAGCCAAGGCUGGUCACCGACUCUGUGAAACUGAGGCCCACGUGUGCUUUGAGGGACUGGACUCAGACCCCACAGGGACUGCCUACGGAGCAUCCAUCCCUCUGGCUCGGGCCAUGGACCCUGAAGCUGAGGUCCUGUUGGCAUAUGAGAUGAAUGGGCAGCCUCUGCCUCGUGACCAUGGCUUCCCUGUGCGAGUGGUGGUUCCUGGUGUGGUGGGUGCCCGCCAUGUCAAAUGGCUGGGCAAAGUGAGUGUGGAACCAGAGGAAAGUUACAGUCACUGGCAGCGGCGGGAUUACAAAGGCUUCUCUCCAUCUGUGGACUGGGACACAGUAGAUUUUGACUCAGCUCCAUCUAUUCAGGAACUUCCAGUCCAGUCAGCCAUCACAGAGCCCAAGGAUGGGGAGACGGUACAAUCAGGGGAGGUGACUAUCAAGGGCUAUGCCUGGAGUGGUGGUGGGAGGGCUGUGGUCAGGGUGGAUGUGUCUCUGGAUGGGGGCCUAACCUGGCAGGUGGCUGAACUGGAUGGAGAGGAACAGCGCCCCCGAAAGGCCUGGGCCUGGAGGCUAUGGCAGCUGCAAGCCCCUGUGCCAGCUGGGAAAAAGGAAUUAAACAUUGUUUGUAAAGCUGUAGAUGACAGCUACAAUGUGCAACCAGACACGGUGGCCCCAAUCUGGAACCUGCGAGGUGUGCUCAGCAAUGCCUGGCACCGUGUCCACGUCCGUGUCACCCCAUGAGAAGGUGAAAUGAAUUACCUACUCCCAGAAUCAUUUUCUCAACCUCUUUCCAUACCCAUCCUUUUCCCUCCUUACAGAAAAACCUUUCCUUUCAUCAUCACUUCUUGGAUGACAACCCUGUACUAUGCCUUCCUAAACCACACAUAGAUACACACAUUGCACAUUUCCCAAGCAGGCACCAACUCUCCUUUGACACUAUGUUAUAUAACUCCUGUUGUGCCUGGAGUUGAGAGCUGCUGGAGCAGGGGGCUAGAAGAGGGGGAAAUUCUGUAGACAAGCACUCUUCUCUUCCUACCCCACCUCCACUUCUAAUGUAUAUCACCAUUUUAUUUUGCUUUUCUUCUUGGGAGUCUUCAGAUAAUAUGUGUGGAUAUGUGUAAGAAAAGUGUAUGUGCAACUUUCUACUGACUUUCUGGGUUGCCAAGAGUUGUGAGGGGUGAAAUCCUGCCCCUUUAUGGUUCCACUUUUCUAAAUACAUCAAUAAAGUGUUUAAGUAUACAACUCUGAAAAAA